GAGAAAAGUCGAAAAACCCUUGUAAAAAAUCGGAUACUCGAAUUAGAAAAAUUUGUCCUCUGGUACGGCCUUGAAGUACCACAAUUGACAAAAAUUUUAGAGGUCAUCCUGAGUGGAAAACUUGAUGACGGAGAUACCAGAAAAUUGGUCAAACUCCUUAUCCCACGUACCAAAGUACCCAAUAUGUUGAUAAUGAAAAUUUUUGGGAGCCUUGGGAAUAAAAAUACAAAGCUCAAAAUUCAGGCGCUCUUACUCCGUUGGGUUAUACUGAUUUAUAAUGUUUUAGAAGAUCAUUCCGAGUUAUAUCAACUUUACGGUGUUUUGUUCCAUUACUUGGAUUACGACACAUUGAGACCAAUGCUUUGUCAUCUCUUGUGGCUCAUGACUCAACGAGAACACGUAAAAUCAUUUCGCAUACGCAAAAUGAUGGAACUCCAAACGCGAGUUGGGUCCGAAUCUCAUAUUCAAGGAUUAUUAUCACUUUAUAAAGAUUUUUCUCCUACCCUGGUGACAGUUCACCACAUCUCCACAAAAAAUGCCGUAUUCAAAUGCCCGGAUGUAGAAUGGCUUCAUAUGUUAAACGAGGU